GUAAUAAUUUUACAAAUGCAUGGAAGGGGUCCUUCCCCUUCUAACAUAACUCCUUAACAGGCACAUGUAGCCUUGUUAAUAUUGGCAAAGAAUGCACAAAAAAAUCAGAGGAAUCCUUCAAUUAAUUUGUGAGUUCACAUCCUGGAAACCAAAUUAUUCUUUUGUUCUUGCAUUAAAAUAUAACAGUUGCCAAUUGUACGGCUUCAACCAUGCUGUUGUUUGCAUGAAGUAUAAUGUAUGUAUGGUAGAAUGUGUAGGUGAUAUCCACUCUUCAGGCAGUUGUGUUGCAAUAGACCAGAUAAGUUAUUGAUCCCCAUCUGGCACUCUGCUGCUGCAGAAAGGCCAGCAGCCUCCAGAGAGUGUACUGGAGCUCUUUGUCCUUCCUCUGUCCUCACAUCUUUUCUCUUUCUCUUCAUCACCUUCUUUCAACCCCCUGACCACCUCCGAUCUACUUCCCUUGUUUCUUUUCCCCCAUCGUGUAUUCACUCUCUACCCCGCCUGAGCCCCCCCUCUUUUUCUGUGCAUCCCUCUAUCUAUCUCCUCUCUCUCUAUCCAUAUGUUUAGCUUGUCUCUUUCCGUGUCGCCAAUAAGGGGUCUGCCGUGCAGUACGAGCCAGGGGGAUGAGUGGGGCUCGCAGAAUGCAAGAAUUAAAAUACUUCAGGGAUGGAGCUACGUUGGUGAUUUCAUUGGAUGGUUUGAAUUGGCUUACUGAAAGGAGAUGCAGUGACAAAGGAAUCAACAAAAGGAAUGACGAGCUCCAGCUGUUGAUGUCCUCAGGUCAGAUGAUCCAGGCUGAUGAAGAGCUGCAGGCGAUCACCUGCAUCCUGGAGCAAAGAGGAAGUGCAGCCCCUCCGUUAUGGAGGAACAGCGACUGCAGAUCAAGCUUGGUAACGACGCCUCCGGCCUUGUCUUUCUCCCCUCGACAUUGUUGUGUUCCGGAGGAGCCCCCACGUCAUUCAACUCUCGCUUCUUUAGCUUCUUUUGUCUCAGAGCGCCCAAAGGAGGCCCAGUGGACUAGACUUAUUUUAAACAUGCAGGACAUUUUCAGUUUGAUCAAAACAGAUUUAGACAUUAUGACUGAGCAGGACAUUGCUACAACGGAUCAGCAAAAUAGGUUGAUCAUUUUCUGUGAUGAGGACAUACCACUGCAACGUUUUGGUGACUAUUGCUACACUGAGGAUUGUGGGCCAUCUAAAGGGGAUACUGGUUGGGAUAUCAGCGAUAACAUCUCCACUGCCCACGGUCCCAACACCAACAACUCUAAUGGGAAUCAACAUGAACUGGUUAUCAGUGACAAUUUAAACAACCUUAAAAUGCUCCAGAAAUCCUGUCAAAUCUAUGACGCUCCGGAAGUAUUAUGUGGGAGGGACACAAAUCUAAAAAAGAGCAAGAGUGUGUCCUUUGAUGAUGAUGUCAUUGUCUACCUGUUUGAUCAGGAGAGUCCCACUGUGGAGCUGCACUCUGAGACCUGCACAUCUCUGCCAGAUGUCACGUUCGAAGGCAGUGGUAUUAUAUUGAAGGAUGAUACCAGCUUGGAGUGGGAGGACGACUUCUCAGCUUUGGAGAAGAACUGCCAUUUUCAGUGUGUCAGACUCUCUCAGCCACACCCCCGUUCCCUGGCGACCCAGACCAGCACUGCUCUGUCCCGGCGUUUCUUUCUGUCCCAAACCUGCCUGUUCCUCACCCAUGUCACUGAGUCAGACCUUGAGCUGUGAGAUAAAGGCAAGACAGCCAGCCUUGGACCUAAUGGAAAAACUGACUAAUCGUCCAGAUCUCAUCCUCUUCACAUCUAACUAAUCUCCCCACCUCCCUCCUCUUUUAUGAUGAGUCAGGGAUUUUAAUGGCUUUUUUUUCUUCCCUCUCUGGUCCAAAUGGAUUCAAAGCACCUGCCGUUCAUGACAUCACAGCCACGCAGGACUGUGCGACAGUGCGUUCAGCUUUCACAGUUGUUUGAAUGACAAGAUCACAGGCUAUGAUGUGUUACACAACCAGCUGAAAACCUCUUUGGAAGCUGCUUUUCAUGUCAUUGGAUCUAAGAUGUGAAAUAGAAACAUACAUGUUGUCAAUUCUAAUAAACUUAAUAUAAGAAAUUGUCAUCUUUGUGUGAA